GGAUGACAUCAUUGGACGCUUUGUAAUACCAAUGUCCUAUGCCAUUCGUACGUUAGUUUUGAAACUGUCUGUAUUACUACCCCUGCUAGUGGUAGUAUAUUCAGGUGUAUCCAGUACAGAGAGCAUUGGGAAUUUGACAAAAAAAGAAAUUAAAAACACAGCCAAUGUUACGCUUGUAUCCAGUGUGCUACAGGACGCUGCAAAAAAUACCUCGUUACCCAGAAAGGAUGCAGUAGCAAUUGUGGAAGCGCCAGUGGAUGGCAGGCAAGAGCUCGAGAAGGAAGGCGCAACAAAAAUGGAAAAAAAACGCGAGAGUCAAGUCGUACGUUCAAAAGAAAAGGUCAAAUCGAAAUUACGAGAGACGAAUAAGAGAAAAACAGACUCUUUGGAGAUUUUGGAUGACAUAAACGAACGGAACGUAGAAAAUAUCAAAGACGACAAUGAAGACGAGGAUAAUUCCUACGAUCAAGAUAACGAGGACGUAGAUGAUAAUUGUAACGACAAAGGGCAUAUUUUCAAAAGCGGUAUGAGAAAUAAAAAGGAAGACGCCAAAAAUGAACCCUCGCAUUAUUCCGAAGAGGGUCAAAGAUCGGACGACGACGACGAAGAAGAAUUCCAGCGCAAAUUCAAACGUGGUGGGAGACACGGUAGACAGGGACCUAAAAUCUGGGACCAAUGGGGUAAAUGGUCCAGUUGCAGUGUCACUUGUGGUAUGGGAAAGUUGACGCGAUGGCGCCACUGUAUCGCUGGUAGUUGUUCAAUUGGCGAAAAAGAAGCGCAAUUAAAAACCUGCACGUUCGCUUCGUGUUGAAUGGGUGUAUUAAUUUUAUUCCUUUCAGUGGCACAGUUAGAUCUGUA